AUGGGUGAAUCUCAAUACUACCAAGAUACUGUGUCCUCCAUCAAAGCCUAUCAGCGCCGAGCCGAAGCAAAGGAGAAUUGGACAGAACCAACCGACAUCCCAAACACAGUGAUCUCCUUCGCCGAGGAGGAAACGGCAGGAAUCGAUCGACCUCACAACGAUCCGUUGGUGAUUGAGUUAACGAUCAGGGAUCAUGACGUAGCAAGGGUGCUCAUCGAUACUGGAAGCUCAGUGAACGUCAUCUUCAAGGAAACACUCAGAAGAAUGGGAAUCGACCUCUCCGAGGUGGAAUCAAUCCCCAAACCUCUAAUUGGAUUUUCAGGAGAAACAACGAUGACUAUGGGAACGAUCAGGCUUCCCGUGGUAUCUGGCGGAGUCACUAAGAUCGUCGAAUUCUGCGUCACUGAUCACCCAGCAAUCUACAAUGUGAUCAUGGGAACUCCAUGGAUCAACGGGAUGAGGGCGAUCGCGGAGAGCCGCGAAACACGCGCCGAGCCGGUAUGUGACGCAGUGGACUCGGUGUGCAUAGACGAGGCGCGUCCGGAGCGAUGCGUCGAAAUUGGAACAAAACUAGAAGAGCCUCUGCGAAGCGAACUCCUUUCCCUCCUCAAGGAGAACAUCAACACUUUUGCCUGGACAGCGGAAGAUAUGCCAGGCAUAAGCAUCGACGUAACCUGUCACGAGCUGAAUGUGGAUCCGACCUUUAAGCCAGUCAAGCAGAAAAGAAGGAAGCUCGGCCCCGAACGAGCUAAAGUAGUUAACGACGAAGUCGAGAGGUUACUCAAAGUAGGAUCAAUCGCCGAGGCCAAAUACCCAGACUGGCUCGCAAAUCCGGUGGUCGUGAAGAAGAAGAACGGCAAGUGGCGGGUCUAUGUGGAUUUCACUAACCUCAACUAG